GAUACGUGGCUGAGGUUGAUGGUCCUGUAUAGGGCCCUUUCUGAGAAGACUCUCUAAGAGAGCAUCACACCAGAAGGAAUCAGCAAGUUGUGAAUUCUCUGGACUGUGGCUACAUUUUAACUUCUGGGCAGAUGUCUGACAAGAGCUAGGUCCACUGGCUCAUGCACAUCCUGCUGAAGAACCAACAGAAGCUUCCACCUGAAGCUUUUCUGAGACAGCAUGAAAGCUAACAAUACCAUGGCAAAUGACUUGUUGAACAUCACCUAUAUCACCAUAGAGGUUGCCAUUGGAAUCUGUGCUGUAGUGGGCAACAUGCUGGUCAUCUGGGUGGUCAAGCUGAACCCCACUCUGAGGACCACCACGUUCUAUUUCAUCGUCUCCCUAGCGCUGGCUGACAUUGCUGUUGGGGUGCUGGUCAUACCUUUGGCUAUUACUGUCAAACUGGAAGUCGAGAUGCACUUCUAUGCCUGCCUUUUCAUGUCCUGUGUGCUUCUGAUCUUCACCCAUGCCUCCAUCAUGUCCUUGCUGGCCAUUGCCAUAGACCGAUACCUGCGGGUCAAGCUGACGGUCAGAUAUAAAACGGUUACCACUCAAAGAAGAAUAUGGCUAUUCCUGGGCCUUUGCUGGCUAGUUUCCUUCCUGGUGGGACUGACCCCCAUGUUUGGCUGGAAUAGAAAAGUGACCUUAGAGCUCUCUCAAAAUACCACCACCCUUUCCUGCAAAUUCCGUACCGUGGUCAGUUUGGAUUACAUGGUCUUCUUCAGCUUUGUAACCUGGAUCCUCAUCCCCCUGCUUGUCAUGUGUGUCAUCUAUCUGGACAUCUUCUACAUCAUCAGAAACAAACUCAGUCAAAACCUGUCUGGCUUCAGAGAGACACGUGCAUUUUAUGGACGAGAGUUCAAGACAGCUAAGUCCCUGUUUCUGGUUCUCUUCUUGUUUGCGUUGUGCUGGCUGCCUUUGUCCAUCAUCAACUUUGUUUCCUACUUUGGUGUAACGAUACCAGAAGUUGCAAUGUGCCUGGGCAUCCUGUUGUCUCAUGCGAACUCCAUGAUGAACCCUAUCGUCUACGCCUGCAAAAUAAAAAAGUUCAAAGAAACCUACAUCCUGAUCCUGAGAGCUUGCAGGCUCUGUCAGAACUCAGAUUCUUUGGACUCAAAUAUUGAACAGACUACUGAGUAGUUACCAUGACAGAUAACGAGCCAGGUCAUCUACCUUCACAUUUAGCAUCAGUAAACACUAUAAGGACUUAUCGGACAUUCUUGCUCCCACUGCAGUGGGUCAUCGGGCUGGUUGCCACAGAGCUCCACUCCUCCAUCCGUUCCUCCCUCCUCCUUCUGCCUCAAUUGUUUUUGAGCUUCCCUAAUUCAAUUCUGUGGCAGCCUGACAUGAAGGCAAUGCAUUCCUAAUUAUCACGGACUCUGCUCUUCCUUCCCAGACACUAGAAGUAACGGAAUAAUGGAAUGUUGAGGGAGUCUUGUCCUAUCAAAGGAAGACUCUAGUGGGGCUGGAUGUACCAAACCUGCUUUUUCUUUUAUUGUUUGUUUUUGUUUUUGUUUUUUCGAGACAGGGUUUCUCUGUGUAGUACUGCCUGUCCUGGAACUCACUCUGUAGAUCAGGCUGGCCUGGAACUCAGAAAUCCUCCUGCCUCUGCCUCCCAAGUGCUGGGAUUAAAGGUGUGCGCCACCACUGCCCGGCCCCAAAUCUGCUUUAAAAGAUCCCUAGGAUGUUGGAACAGAAGGAGUGAAUUGAAUUUAGAGAGGACUAAAUCCACCUGUGUGGGUGCAUAUGAACAAAUAAAAGAUGAUAUCCCACUGACUUGUAGCUCUUUGCUGGGAUCGCUUGGGGUUUGCAGGCACAGUUGACUCCUUUUGGCAUUCCUCCUGCUUGCUUGUGAAACACAGUCAUUCCUGCUCCAAGGUGCAGUUUCACCAUUGUAGAUGGCUGUCCUCUUGGGAGGGGAUGAG